AUGGCUCUUUGCCUUGUCAUCACGCUGGCGCUGGCAGCCAUAGUUCAUGCAGCAGCUAUAGCCGCCAAUUACCCUGUCAACUCCCAACUACCACCCGUCGCACGCGUCUCUCAACCUUUCAGAUUCGUGUUUGCUGCCAGCACCUUUUCCAACACUGAUUCUGACACCGAGUAUUCACUCAAGAACGCACCGUCAUGGCUCGAAGUCGACAGUGCCAGCCGUACCCUCUCAGGAACGCCAGAUUCACAGGAUAGCGGUUCCACGGCUUUCGAACUGGUCGCGUCAAAUGGUUCGGACUCCGACAGCAUGGAUGUGACUCUGAUCGUCACCUCAGACCAAGGUCCGACGGUGGGUACAUCUCUUGUAUCGCAACUGCAGACUGUAGGACCAGUUUCAUAUCCAGCAACACUAUACAUCCACCCUGGUCAACCAUUCUCCAUCGAAUUCGAUCCAAGUACCUUCCACAACACCCACCCGUCAACGAUCUACUACGGAACAUCGCCCAAUAAUGCUCCCCUGCCUUCAUGGAUUGGCUUUGAUGCGUCAACCCUCAAGUUCUCUGGAAACACCCCGGCUUUUCCUGGCUCUAGUCCUCAAGAUUUCACCUUCCAGCUGGUUGCGUCGGACGUAGCAGGCUUCAGUGCGGUGAAUCAGACCUUUCAGCUCGCUAUCGGGCCGCAUAUCCUAGCAUUCAAUGAGACUGUGCGAACCUACAAUCUUACGAGAGGCGAGACAUUUAAUAGCCCUGGCUUCGAGAGUCUCAUUACCAUGGACAGCUCGCCCAUCGCGAGCAAGGACCUGAUCGCGAUUGACGCUGCACUUCCGGACUGGUUGAGCCUCGACAAGAAUUCAGUCUCUCUGAUUGGCACCCCACCAAACACCGCCGUGAACCAGAAUAUCACCAUCACUGUGACGGACACCUAUCACGAUGAAGCGAAAUUGAUGGUUCGGCUAGAAUUCAUGGAGCUUUUCUUGAAGACCGUUCAAGGCUGCAAGGCGACCAUCGGCGAGGACUUUACAUUCGUCUUCAACCAGUCAAUUUUGACCGAUGAUUCGGUGCAACUUGACGUCGAUCUUGGCGAUGAUCUCUCAUGGCUUACUUAUAGUUCUGCCAACAAGACGCUCUCUGGACAGGUGCCGUCAGACAUUCAGCCGGAGACAUUCACUAUUCAUCUAAAGGCAUCCCAAGGGUCAACUGAGAACCGACAAGACUUUGACAUCGAUGUUGUUGAGCCGUCAGACAAUACUACCAGCGGUUCUAAUUCCUCCGAUCCUUCUGACCCCUCACACCAAAAGGCCGGAAUUAUUGCAAUUUCGGUAAUCAUCCCCGUGGCUGUCAUUUUGAGCUGCAUUAUCCUUUUCUGCUGCUGGCGUCGUCGGAGAAAGUCACCGACGGUGGAGGACGGACAAGAUCCAUUGGAAGGCAAGGUUCCCCCACCACGUCCUGCACGGCCAGAUCUUCCCAAUUGCCAACCGGGUGCUGCUAGCAGACCUUCGCAAGACGACAACUCGGAUGACUGGAUGAGUCCAAUCUCACCUGCUUCUGACCUCCCCAAGCUUGAACUCGGCCCUGGUUGGAAUGUUACAUCAUUCGACAAGCCGGAAGACAGCAUGAUGGCGAUUCCAGAACCUAGCCCACCACCCCGUUCACCAAGGCGCAGAGAAUUCGUCCCCCUGCGAGACUCUAUCAUCGAGGAAGGCAAGCCGGUUGAAAAUUCGCCCACCAGAAAGCAGAAUCAGCGCCUUUCAUUCUCUGGCAGCCCUGGUGUACGCCGUCGAACUAGCACUCGUUCCCGCCGAGAGCCUCUAAAGACCAUUCAACCACGAGCAAUGAAGCGUGAAUCCAUCCAGUCAUCCCGCUCGAAGCGAUACUCGAAGCGUUCAAGUGGAAUUUCAACUGUCGCCUCUGGUCUACCUGUGAGAAUGAGUGGCGCUGGCCAUGGUGCUGGUGGCUUCGGGCCUCCUGGACACGGCUUCGUGCGUAUGUCAUGGCAAAACACCCAGGCUUCAUUUAUGAGCGAUGACAGCAGUAUGAGAAAUAUCACCCCCUUGUUCCCCCGACCUCCUCCUGCUGCUGCCCGUGCCAGGCGCAGCAUUGCCGAGGGUAUCCAUGAAAACACCAAACGCGUCACCCUGAGGGCCGUUGAGCCCGACGAGUCAAUCAUCUCCGAAGCUGAUUCCCUCGAGGCCUUUGUCCACAGCCGGGCUAAGCACCGCAACUCAUCGAACCCGCUUUUCUCUGCUCAAAUCAGCCGCCGCACAUCUUCCGGACUCCGGGCCCUCGAACGAGCUCGCAGUCUACGCAGCCGUGCUGAUACCGUCUCCGUGUCUACAUUCAGCGACGAAUACCGUCAGUCUAUUCAAGCUCGUCCUUAUUCCACAGCCAUGUCUGUGUCUGAGUAUGGUGACGAGAACCGGAUAUCCCAAUACCAGCCUCUCCAGCCACCACCGGGUCUGUUCCCUCUCGCCGAGGGCGGUGGUAAAAGCCAGAGUCAGUUGAGUCUGGCACAGGAUUACCGCGGUGUCAUCUCUCCUCUUCCACGCUUCUGGAGUGAGAACAGUCUCAGCAGUGCUCGACGCCUAGAAUCGGGGUCUCACCCCAAGCCACCGCAGGAACUACGGGCAGACACCGACUCGGGCAUCCCGCAGAGUUCUUCGGUUGUAUCUGAUCUCGAAGAGCAUCUUUCUCGCAAAGCUAGUCCCCACAAAGCCGCCGCUGCGAGGGAGAACCAAUCGUGGAAUAUGGGACUGGAACCUCCGCCUCUCAGAAGCGCCAGUUCUCGUGGGCUUCCGGUUGCCAGUAGUGGCGAGUUAGCAUUUGUUUGA